AUGUUUGUUAGAGAUAGGUUUCACAACCCUGACUUCACCAAUGGUUUACAAACAUUUCUGGAUGCUGCGAAACAACACCUAGAUCAUGAAAAUAAGACGCGUUGCCCCUGUGUUAAAUGUCAAAAUGCCUUGACGUGUCUUUCUCUACCCGAGAUACGCAGACAUAUACUUGUGAAUGGGUUUGCACAACAUUACACGACAUGGACUGAGCAUGGGGAAGAUUGUGUUGAUGUCGCAGACGACCAAAUGUAUGAGGAUUUUGAAAGUGACAGUGAGGAUGAUGAUGAUGAUGAUGCUGCGAUGUUGGACAUGUUAAAUGAUGUCCAAGGGGCUAUAAGUAUGGAGACAGAUGAUGAGAAUGAUAUUUAUAUUAAAAAAUAUGAUUAUUUGUUUAAUGAAGCUCAACGAGAACUAUACCCGGGUUGUACAAAGUUCUCUACAUUAUCUUAUAUUAUAAAAUUAAUGCAGAUCAAGAUAGAUGGUCGUUGGAGCAAUAAAAGUUUUAAAAAUCUACUGAAAUUGUUAAAUGACUCAUAUCCAAAAGGUGCAUCCAUACCAACAUCGAACUAUGAAGCUAAAAAUAUGUUGCUAGAAUUGGGCUUGGGGUAUGAAUCCAUUUAUGCAUGCAAGUAUGACUGUGCACUGUUUUAUGGGAAAGAGAAUAAGAAACUGGAUGAAUGUCCAGUGUGCAAGGAGCCGAGAUACAAGUCUUGUGAUGGCAAAUGCAAGAAAGUUCCACAAAAAGUCUUGCGUUAUUUUCCAUUGAAGCCGAGACUUCGGAGGUUGUAUAUGUCGAGACAUACAGCGACUGAAAUGAAAUGGCAUAAAAAAAGAAGACAAAAUGAAGAGGGUUUCCUACGACAUCCAGCUGAUUCUGCCGAGUGGAAACACUUUGAUCAAGAGUAUCCUGAUUUUGCUGCAGAUUGUCGAAAUGUGAGGUUGGGGCUUGCUACAGAUGGUUUUAAUCCAUUUGGAAACAUGAGCACUAGUUAUAGUAUGUGGCCAGUUAUGCUAGUGCCGUACAAUCUGCCUCCUUGGAAAUGCAUGAAAGGAGUGUAUUCAAUGAUGUCAUUACUCAUACCUGGUCCUCGAGCACCUGGGAAAGACAUUGAUGUGUAUCUUCGUCCAUUAAUAGACGAAUUAAAAGAAUUGUGGGAUAUUGGAGUUGAAACUUUUGAUGCCUCUGUUGGGAGAAAUUUUAAUUUGCAGGCAUGUGUAUUGUGGACUAUAAAUGAUUUUCCUGCUUACGGAAAUUUAUCUAGGUAG